CAACAGCUGUACCAGAGGGAUUACGAUCCGGUGACAUUUGAUUUGCUCAAAGUGCAGCCGAAAGACAUUGCAGAACAGAUUACGCUCAUCGAUCUCCCUCUUUUCAAGGCAAUUACAUGCCAGGAGCUGGCAAAUGGGGCAUGGGCAAAAAAGAGCAAACGUGCCGAUGCUCCAAAUAUUGUUGCAUUUACGGAUCGGUUCAAUGCGGUUUGCUUGUGGUGCCAAAGGGAGAUCUUAUCACAUGAAGAGGCUAGUAAACGUUCCGAAGUUUUGGGACAUUUCAUCAAAAUUGCAAAAUAUUUAUACGAUUUGAAUAAUUUGAAUUCAACAUUUUCUCUUAUCAGUGCUGUGCAGAGUCUUGCCAUUUAUCGCCUGACGAAGACUUGGAACCUUCUUGCUCGACAUGAGCGCGCCGUGUUCAACAAAUUACGUUUGUUAUUUGAUAGUGAGCGGAACUGGGAACGUUUGCGGCAACACCUGCAAUCACUGAGCUUACCCUCUUCUUUCGCCUUUAUUGAAAUGCCGUAG